AUGGGGAAUCUCGAUCCUCGCUCACGGACAACGAAAGUAUAUAACCAUGUUCCACUUUCACAGCCUCUCUACACUCCUACAGCCCUUCUCUCCUCGCCAAAACUCGAAGACAUGUUCCAAGUCGCGUCUCACCCUCACUCCUUCCCGAUGCACGGCCGCGGCCAUCAUCAGUCGAUGCCGAUGCAGUCGCCGAGCGUUCAGCUCCCGCGCACCCUCACUCGCCCCGCACACAUAGAGGUCUCGCGGGAGGCUAUAAUGGCAGUCGCCCCCGAACUCGCCAACGUACCAGCAGAGUACAUCCGCAGAGGCCUCCGUGCCAAAGCACACCAAAUGCUCGCAGGCAUUUCUAGCCUAUCCACAUCCCACCUUCCGAGUUCCAUUCCCAAAUCGCACGUUCCACCCACACUCUCCAUCCCGAUCCGGGUCUCGCAUUCGUCAUCGCAGCCCACGUACCCCACGCACGUCCUCGCCGUCGCGUCGUCAAAGUCGUCCGGAAACGAGCACGUCUUCAUGUUCCCCGUGCACAGUAUCGUCAUCGCCUCGCAAUGCUCUGCCAUUCCCCGCCUCCCACCAUCCGCCGGGCCCAUAUCAGGAACGCUCCAUGUUCCCGUGCUCCCCAUCGCCCUCCCAUCACCCGCCGCGUUCAAGAUACUCCACGCCUACAUGUACAACCACAGUCUCGACGGCGUCCUCAAAUCCCUAUUCCCACUUCCCUCUGGCUUCGUUCAGGGGCUCUCGCACCACACGGUGCAAUCGACGCUCGCAUCAGGCUCCUCGCUCCACCAGCUCUCGUCAUACCUGUGCUCCUCCGCUGGCUCGAGCCUGCAGGCGCUCACGACGCACGCGGCUCACGUCAAGGAGCUUUGGCAAGACAUGGUCGCCCUCGGCCUCCACGAUCAAGAGCUGUGGGACACGGUUGAUCUCGCCUGGGAGAUCAUCCUCGGCGCCCUCAACCUCGCCGCUGCUGGCCACUAG